AAUUUCAUCCAAUGUUUGAAUAUUUAUGUGGAACUUUUCAUUUUUCUCUAUCCACCGAUCUCCUUUGGAUUUCCAUGUCGUGGGUUUGUGUACUUCACUGCAAUAGAAUGUGGCUUUGAAAGUGGUGUGAUACUUACUUCGUGAUCCUGACAGUGUCGUGCAUUGUAGCAGACAACAAAUGAACAAACUGGAGUUUCAGUAAUACAUGUUCUUGGCAGAUGGUGAAAACAAAGCAGAAGCGCACAGGAAAAGUUCCUAGUAAAAAACGUGGUACUUCUUCGCAAGACCCUGUUGAUUCUCGAAACUGUGACAAAGAGCAUGAGGAUAGUGAUUGGGUUAUAGUGAAAAAGCAGAGAGUAACCAUUCUGGUGCCUGCUGUGCCUCUCAACGAGAGAUCGUUAACAGCAAACCAAGGACCAAAUCAUACGCAACUUAUGCCUCCUGAAUUGGCAAGUAACCAUGUGCAGCUUCCCAUGGAGACAUCUACUGUACAUCCUUCAGAUAAUGAACAUGAAAAAACCUUUUUAUUGGCUGUCCAAAAAGAGACUCGUACCGAGAAUAGAGCACCUCCUAUCUUACCUACACCAAUUGUGGUCAGUCCAUCAUCUUUAGAUCAGAGAACAGAAUCAGAAAAUCCACAUCAAAUGAAUGGUUUGAAGUCACAUAAAGUACUUGGAAUUUCUAAUACAUCAAAAGUUAUUAAGCAGCCCAGAACACUACUUGCACCAAGAAGGCCCUCCAACCUGGAAACUUUGAAUAAAAACUUAAGAGCAUCAAAUUUGGAGAGGAAGCUUGAAAGAGCUGGUGGACUGAGCAAGUGGCUGAUAUCACUUGGACUGGGGCAGUUUGUGAGAAUUUUUCAGGGUAAAAGUGUCAGUAAGUAUCAGCUGGUAAAUCUAACCAUGAAAAAACUCAAGGAUAUGGGUGCCAAUGCAGUGGGACCUCGCAGGAAACUGAUCCAUGCCAUGGACUGUGUUUGUCAGCCAUAUUGCUUUGAGGCAUAGUAAAAGGUUUUAGAAUUUUGAAACUAUGUACAAAAUGUUCCAAGACAUGGCACAAAUGCAAAACUUUUUGUUUCUAGAUGUUGUUAUAGCUUACAGUACCUGAGUCUCAGCGCUUGUUGAGAUUUAUGCAUAUAAUAAUUACAUUAGCUUUUAGACGCA